GGACCUGUCAAAGAUAUUUUUGUUGAUAGUAAACAAAAUGUGUUAACAAUAUGAUUGCAAUAUAAGUUUAUUUAUUUACUUUACGAGCAACCCAUGCAAUUGGUACCCUUUGAAAGAAGAACGUCUAGUUGUCGUAUCUUUUUUUCAUAACCAAGCCAUCAUAAAAAACAAAUAAGUCAUAAAAUCAACUUACAGUAGCACAGCUGUGAAAAUGUGGAAAAGAUGUAUGUUUGAUGAAAUGGAGUAUUUAAUUAAACACACUGUAAAAGAUACUUUGCAUAAGCUUUUUGUAACUGAUUUAGUACAGUUAUGGAGUGAAGAAAUUCAAGAGGACAGUUUACUUCAAAGAUGUAAGGAUAUGAACAGACUGUUGGAAACCAGUGAUGAUGAGCUUUUAAAACUCAUGUGGUCGCUUGUUGAGGGAGAAGGCGACAGUGUCACUUCUAAACUCACAGACAUCGUAAACGGUAAACAGCUUGACCUGCAGAGCAAUCUUGAUGGCUUAUUAAAGUUCAAAAUAAAGUUUACUCUACAUCAUGCUGAACCUAGUCAAUUUUUUGAAGAAGUAUCCUGCCCUCUUCUAGUAACUUUAUCAGAGCUGGAAAAACAACAAAGGCUACUCCUUGAUAUUAUAAAGAAAAAGGACUUGGAAAUAGCCGAAUAUAAACUUGAAGGGGCCAAAAUCUCUCGUGGUGCAGUUGAGACCAAAGUUUUUGAUGCCGAGAGUUUCUCCAACGAGUGCAUCAAAGAGCUAGGUGCAACCAAGGGUCUUGUCCGAUCUCAGCCAACGGUUACUAUCACACCAUUGGUUCAAAAUAUCAUUGCACAAACUUCAUCUGCAUUAGAGAUAGUACCAGAUAAAAGCAGCAAUGAUGAGUUGAAAAACCCUCUCAACUGUUUAAAGAAAGCCACAACCAAGUUGAAGUCUCCAGUCAAAGCUAAAAAAUCAAAAAUGUACAUUGAUGAUGAAGAAGACGACGAGUCAAAAGAUAAUGGAAAAUUCAUGGAAGAUAAAAAUUUUCUGCCAGAAACUAUUAAGAAAGAAAAAGAAGAGAAUGAGAAUGAAUUGGAAUCAAAACCUUUGAAAAGAAUCACUAAGCCUAAAGUAAAGAAAGUGUUACUAAAUUUGUAGAUUAAUAUAAUAACAACUAUAGUUCGGCCGCUUAGAAAACGACCUGCGCGCUAAUGCUGAACCAAUGUUGGAGGAGGUCGCUUUCUAAGCGGCCGAACUAUACAUGCAAUUAUUUUUUAAACUUUUAAUUGUACUAUGCUUUAAGACUUUUUGCUGGAAUAAAAUAUUAACAAAUAAGAUCUCAUAUAAAGA